AUGUUGAGAACUAUAAGGUCAUCUCAGCGUUUGUUACAUGCUUCUAAAUUCACCAGGAUCGGUGCUGUAAGCAAACCGACUUCCUUGGCUGUUUUCAGUCGUGGAUUGGCUAGUGGUGCAUCUUCGACGGACAACUUCCUGUCCACCACCAAUGCAUCAUAUAUCGAUGAGAUGUACGAAGCUUGGCAAAAGGAUCCCACUUCAGUUCAUGUCUCUUGGGAUGCUUAUUUCAAGAACAUGGGUAAUCUGAAUAUUCCAGCCUCUUCUGCCUUCACCGCCCCACCAACAUUAAUUCCAAUACCAACGGGUCCUGGUGUGCCUCAAGAUAUAUUGAUAGGGGGUUCGUUAAGUGGCGUUGACCAAGACAUCACAACACAUUUAAAAGUGCAACUUUUGUGCCGUGCUUACCAAGUAAGAGGUCACCAGAAGGCUCAUAUUGAUCCGUUACAAAUUUCAUUUGGUGAUGAUAAGAGUAAACCUCUACCUCGUGAGUUGACUUUGGAACACUAUGGAUUCACAGAAAAGGAUCUAGAUAGAGAUAUCACAUUGGGACCCGGUAUCUUGCCACGUUUCUCUCGUGAUGGUAGAAAGACCAUGAAACUAAGAGAAAUUAUUGCUGCUUUGGAAAAAUUGUACUGUUCUGGAUACGGUAUCGAAUACAUUCAUAUCCCUUCAAAAGAACAAUGUGAAUGGUUAAGAGAAAGAAUUGAAAUCCCACAACCUUAUAAUUAUACCGUAGACCAAAAGAGACAAAUUUUGGAUAGACUGACUUGGGCUACUUCUUUUGAAACUUUCUUAUCUACUAAAUUCCCUAACGAUAAGAGAUUCGGUUUGGAAGGUUUAGAAGGUGUUGUUCCUGGUAUCAAGACCUUGAUUGACCGUUCCGUUGAAUUAGGUGUUGAAGAUGUUGUCUUGGGUAUGGCUCAUCGUGGUAGAUUAAACGUUUUGUCUAAUGUGGUGCGUAAACCAAACGAAUCCAUCUUCUCAGAAUUUAAGGGUUCUGUUGCUCCAGAAGAAUACGAGGGUUCCGGUGAUGUGAAAUAUCAUUUGGGUAUGAAUUACCAAAGACCAACUACCUCUGGUAAAUACGUUAACUUGUCUUUGGUUGCUAACCCAUCUCAUUUGGAAGCCGCUGAUCCUGUUGUUUUGGGUAGAACUAGAGCCAUCCAGUUCUCUAAGAACGAUAUUGGCAAGUAUGACAAGGCCAUCAGCGUCCUAUUGCACGGUGAUGCUGCUUUCGCUGCUCAAGGUAUCGUUUACGAAACCAUGGGUUUCCUACAUUUGCCAGCAUACUCUACUGGUGGUACCAUUCACGUUAUCACAAACAACCAAAUCGGUUUCACUACUGAUCCAAGAUUCGCUAGAUCAACUCUAUACCCAUCUGAUUUGGGUAAAACCAUUGAUGCUCCUAUCUUCCAUGUAAAUGCCAACGAUGUUGAAGCUCUUACAUUCAUUUUCAACUUGGCUGCUGAAUGGAGAGCUACUUUCCACACUGAUGCCAUUAUUGACGUCGUCGGAUGGAGAAAGCAUGGUCAUAAUGAAACUGACCAACCUUCCUUCACACAACCAUUAAUGUACCAAAAGAUUUCUAAGCAAAAAUCUGUCAUUGACGUUUACACGGAAAAGUUGGUAUCUGAAGGUUCCUUCACCAAGCAAGAUAUCGAUGAACAUAAGAAAUGGGUUUGGGGUCUAUUCGAGGAAGCAUAUGAGAAGGCAAAGGACUAUAAGCCAACUUCAAGAGAAUGGUUAACUGCUGCUUGGGAAGGUUUCAAGUCUCCAAAGGCUUUAGCUACUGAAAUCUUAUCCCACGAACCAACCGUCGUUGAUGCUGAUACUUUGAAGAACAUUGGUAAGACCAUCUCCUCAUGGCCAGAGAACUUCGAAGUUCAUAAGAACUUGAAGAGAAUUUUAACCAACAGAGGUAAAGCAGUUGAAUCCGGUGAAGGUAUUGACUGGUCUACCGGUGAAGCAUUAGCUUUCGGUUCCUUAGUGUUGGAAGGUAAUCACGUCAGAGUUUCUGGUGAAGAUGUUGAAAGAGGUACCUUUUCACAAAGACAUGCUGUUCUUCACGACCAAAAAUCCGAGAAUACUUACACUCCAUUAAAGCACUUGUCUGAAAAACAAGCUAACUUCACCAUCUGUAAUUCUUCGUUGUCUGAAUACGGUUGUAUGGGUUUCGAGUAUGGUUACUCUUUGACUAACCCAGAUUAUUUCGUUGUUUGGGAAGCUCAAUUCGGUGAUUUCGCCAACACUGCUCAAGUCAUCAUCGAUCAAUUCAUUGCCGCUGGUGAAGUGAAAUGGAAGCAAAGAUCCGGGUUAGUCUUGUCCUUGCCUCACGGUUACGAUGGUCAAGGUCCAGAGCAUUCUUCAGGUAGAUUGGAGAGAUUCUUGCAACUAGGUAACGAAGAUCCAAGAUAUUUCCCAAGUGAAGAAAAGUUGCAAAGACAACAUCAAGAUUGUAACUUCCAAAUUGUUUAUCCAACCACUCCAGCCAACUUAUUCCACAUCCUAAGAAGACAACAACAUAGACAAUUCCGUAAGCCACUGGCAUUGUUCUUCUCUAAGCAAUUGUUACGUCACCCAUUGGCUAGAUCCAACUUGAACGAAUUCACCGAAGGUGGCUUCCAAUGGAUCAUAGAAGAUGUCGAAUUAGGUAAGAGCAUUGCACCAAAGGAAGAGAUUAAGCGAGUUGUUUUAUUGUCAGGUCAAGUUUACACUGCUUUGCAUAAAAAACGUGAAACUAUCCAAGACAAGAACACUGCAUUCAUUAAGAUUGAACAACUACAUCCAUUCCCAUACGCUCAAUUGCGUGAUGCCUUAAACACCUAUCCAAACUUGGAAGACAUCGUUUGGUGUCAAGAAGAACCAUUAAACAUGGGUGGAUGGGCAUAUGCUCAACCAAGAUUGCAAACUACCUUGAAGGAAACUGACAAAUACAAGGAUGCUAUUAUUAGAUAUGCUGGUAGAAACCCAAGUGGUUCCGUUGCUGCGGGUUCCAAGGCAUUGCACAACGCCGAAGAAGAAGCUUUCUUGAAGGAAGUCUUUGGCCAAUAG